AUGACAAUUGCUAAUCACUUUGUUGAAUUAGACUCACAUACCAAAAGUUUGGAUAUAAUUUCGGAUAUUAAAUUCUCACCAUUUAAUCAAUUGGCAGUUAGUACUUGGGAUAAUGAAAUUUUGUUAUAUGAUUGUAAAAACUUCUUAGAACCACAUGAACCACCCACUAAGGACCCAGUAGCUAUAAUAAAAACUGACGAUACUCCUUUAUGUUUGUUAUACACCCCAUUGAAUCAAACUUUUGCUGGAGUAUUAGAUGGAACUGUACGAAUUUUAGAUUUUGAGAAUAUGAAACUAGGUUCCAAUAUUGCAAGUGAAGCACUGAAUGAUGAAAUCGGUGGAGGAAUUAAUAAUAUAUGUAAUGUAGAACCCCUCAAUGCAAUUGCAUGUAGUUCCUUCAAUGGGAAAUUACAACUCCUUGAUCCAAGACAAGUGAAACCUAUCCAAGUCAUCCCAUCAACCUCCCCCAGACAAAAAAUAACAGCCAUGGACACAUCGGAUAAGUUCAUAACAUGUGCAAUGAAUGCCAACAAGAUCGAGAUCUACGAUUUCAGAAACUUACAUCAAGCUAUGGAAACUCGUGAAGUCGGUCUAAAAUAUCAAGUCAAAGAUUUGAAAACUUUCCCCAAUAAUCAAGGAUUCGCUCUAUCUACCAUCGAUGGUCGAGUCCUGAUUGAAUACUUUGAUUCAUCUCCAGAAGUUCAACAAAAUAAACGAUUCACAUUCAAAUGUCAUAGACACCAAGAUAGCUUCACAGGUGCCGAUUUGGUCUAUCCUGUCAACUCAAUAGCAUUCCACAAGACAUACACCAGUACUCUAUUCACCGCGGGGUCGGACGGUACUGUGUGUUUAUGGGAUUGUGACAAAAAGAAACGAAUGAGGCAAUAUCCCAAAUUCUUAUCACACGAGGGUGAGCCUGAAAGUGUGGUGAAGAUUGGCUUGAGCAAAGGGGAUGAAUUGAUUGCGGUUGCAACUAGUGACGAUAAUUAUAUGAGAAGGAGAAGGCUUUCUGAGAGUGAGAGUCUGAGGGCUCCUAGUCGGAUAUAUAUUAAGUGUAUUGGCGAGACUGAAUGUAUGCCCAAGAGAGCAACUUAA